AUGUGCUUGGCGUUCGUACGAUUGGAGACUGUGGCCAUCUGGGGUGGAUCCCUAAAGCUGUUUGCGUUACGAGCUCAGGACAUUGUGAUUGUAGAUUCGUCGGGGACAGCCCACUCAGCGUCCAGUACAAGCUCAGACCGUAUGGUCAUCAGUUACUGUGUCCAGCAUUCGGGGUUCUCAUCCUCCUCCAAACUUGGAAGGACCUCCCUGUGGACAUCCCAACAACUGCCUGCAUGUCAACUUGGGGACAACCAGCCUGAAAUCGACCGAACGUGUCCAUAG